UGAGGGCGCUAUUUUCCAAGGCCUGACAAAAUAUUGACCUUCAACCCAACUGUGCUGGGUAAAUUGCUUGCAUGCAUCACAUCAACGCAAUUCAAGAUGGCAGAACCUGCGAAUGGCUUGAUCGCACAGGCAAUGCAGCCCACAUCUACUAGCUGUUGCAGGAAUGGAGGAAGUAAUGUCAUUGACACAGUUGCAGACCGAUUUCAACAGAAAAAAGCCAGCCUCACAGAGAGUAUACGAAAUCCAUUUUCUCAGACUUUGAAUACAUUUCCUCCAAAUAAGCAUCAUCGACUUGUACGCAAGCCAGGACAGGCAUACACAACAAGGUCAGGUGGAAGUUUUAAUCCAGUCACCACACUAAAUCUACUACGGCGUGCCCUUCAGAAAAAGAUCAAUGAAGACAUAGAGAAGGUUUUUCAACAUUAUAUUCAGUUCUUCCAAUUGGCUGUUCAGAAUAUACGAGACAAUUAUGGGCAAGAAUCUGUCAAUGACGAACAUCUGGUUAUUGUAUUAAAAGAUUGUUUAGAUGCAGCCAAAGAAAUUUUCAACCCUCCUUCGGAUGUUGCAUUCACGCAAGAAUCAAGGCUAGACUGGUUAGCAAUAGCUGGCUCUGCAGCCAGCUAUGCGGGAAGUGAUGCAGGCAGGACUUGCAGCUCAUAUAGAGCAGAUGAAAGAGAUGAAAAUAUCGAAACAGGUACAUUUUCUAUGCGACCCACGCCAUCAGUAACCACAAGAAAGAGAAAAGGACGACCACCCUUGCAUCAUCAAGAUUAUGAAAAUUCAGAUGAUAUCAAUCUAUCUAGACCAAGUCGACCUGCAAAGGUCAAGAGUGAGCCAGUGAAGCGUGAAGGACCAAAGUGGAGCCCUAGUCGCCUUACCACAGAAACAGAAUUUGUGAUGGGCGCCAAAGCAAAUAAAGCUCUUGGUUUAGGAGCAACAAGGGGCAGACUGUAUAUGAAACAUCCUAAUCUCUUCAAGUAUUCUGGUGAUCAAGAUGAUAAACAGUGGUUGUAUGACAAUAGGUUGAUGCCUGCGACUGGUGGCAAGGCCUACCUACUGAUCAAGGAAGACAUUCUAGAGUUAUCAGAAACCUCAGAUUACAGAAACAAUACUCUUCUACUUCAUGAGCUAAAACCAUUUGUAGUGCCGGAAAGAAUACUGCAGAAAAUGCGCAAAUUCAUGGAAAUGCAUCGGACAGACAGUACACCAGGAGAUUGAUAAAAACAUGGUGUGCUUACAGUACACCUGGUCCAUGAUGAUGCAUAUGUGUCCAAUUAUUAACACCUGAUAAUUGAUGACCUGAUGUCAUUGUCAGUACACCUGGCAUGAACCUGGCCUAACAUUACACCUGUUUAUAAAUGAUUACUAUGUGUCCAUAUAGUAAUCCUGACACUUCUAAAAGAACAGGUGUCCAUAUAUGUACACCUGCCAUGAAAGACUAGGUGGUUUUUGUACAGUACAUCUAUUUAUCAUCAAUGACCCAUUGUAUUUGCAAUAUAUCUGAUCAUUGAUGACCAGGUGGCAUUUGGCAGUACGUCUAAUCAUCAGUGAUCAAGUGUAAAAGUACUUGAAAUACACUGAUCAUUUCUUGCCAGGUGUUAUUAUUAGUAUGCCUGGCAUGAAUGACCAGGUGGCAUAUGGUAAUUCUUUUAUUCAUCAUCAGUGACCUAGUGUACUUGCAAUAUAACUGAUUAUUGAUUACCAGGUGUACUUAUCAGUACACCUUGCAUAGAAAACCAGGUGGCUUUUGGCAAUUCUUUUAGUCAUCAUCAAUGACCUAGUGUACUUACAGAACACCAGAUCAUUGAUUACCAGGUGUCCUCUACAUUCACCUGGUCAUUAAAGAGCCUUUUCCCUGACACCACCUGGCCAUUUGCAUAAACACGCAGUACACCUGGCAAUCAAUCACACAUGUGGCCUCAAAUUGUUUGCUGCAGGUAUCAUAUAAAUCCAAAUUUCCAUUUGUUAAACGUGUACUUCUGUUCUUUAAAAUUUAAUGUAUUUAAGCUAAAUUUGAACAAAGAUAACUGCAACAAUAUUUUUAACACAAUAGACAGUUUUUUUUUAUUAAUUUUUGUUAUGCUCCACAUAGUAAUUAUUUAACUAUGGAUGGUUAUGAUUAAAGUUUGCAGGUAUUUUUAAUUUCCCGUAUUUAUUUUUUUUAGUAAAGAUUACGUCUGGUGUUUGUGCCUUCACUUUAUAUUGAUUUUAAGUUUCUCCAGCAGUUAUUGUUACACCAGUCAUAAUUGAAUUCUUAUUGGAUGUUAGUGUAUGAUUGGAUUAUGACAAUUGUAUGAUUAGAUUAGGACAGUAACAUCUAAUCUGAAUUUUUAAUUUGUUUAAAGAGUAACAAAGGCUACUGCCUUUAGUUUAAUGCACUUACAUUGUAUUAUUAUGUAACUAACAUCUUCAGCCUGCUAGAAGUAUGUUAACACUAUUUACUAACUUUAUAUUUUCUCCCAGCGACCACUUGAUGUGCUCUAGUUGACUGGAAUAAGUUAGACUAAACUCAUAAACAAAGAAAAAAACAAUAAUUUGUAAGAUAUUUGGUGAAAUAAUAAGGUUCAAUUGACAAACAAGAAAAGUUUUUAAACUAAACAAAAUUAGUAAAUCAAACUAAAAUGCAUGACUUGUUAAGACAUGACAAAGAAUCGCACUAGAAAGAUUUUUAAAAGGAUAGAAUGAGUCAACUUAAGUUUUCCAAAGUUGCAUGGAGGCAAAUAUAAAAGAACAUGUGAUAUAAUCUACUCUUUCAUUUAACGUAUGUUGAAUACAGUUCAAAUAAGCUUUAAUUUACUUCAGUUGAAGUCAGCUAUGGUCUAAUAAAAGUAGAUAAUUUUGAAAAAAAUAUAUAUAGUUUUGUUAGCUUCAUAGACUUGUACUACAUCACAAACAUCUAAUUAAUACACUGAGAAACUAUUUAAAGACUUCCCAAAUAUAAUAAAUAACUGAUAAUAUGCCUUUAUUUAAAAAAAUAAAUAAAUAAUAACACCAGUGACGAAAUACUUUUUGUUAUUUAUUACCUUGUUGAUUCCAGUCAACUAUUUCACAACAGUGGUGCCUUUUUUUCUUAUUUUUAUUUUUCCAAAGUCCAAUAAUGCUUAGUUUAUAUUCUUAGCUAAAAAAGUUGUAGGUAUGUAUAAAAUAAAUAUGCUCUUAAAGGUUAAAAAUAAUUUGUAUUUCAGAUUAAAGGCACUAUGUAUGCUGUAACAUGUAAGAGAAAGUACUGUGAUGCCACAGCAUAGUCCCUUUAAUCUUAACAAAGAAAGUAUGUUGGGUACCGGUAAAUUGUUAGGUUCUGAUGUCUCCCAGCAAGGCUGGCACCUUGCUGGAUGGAGAGGCCAGUUAGAGAGUGAUUGAAAUAUUGAAACUAAAAUGAUUAUAAAGAAUUUUACUAUAUAAUUUAUCAUAUAAAUGUGAAAAAAAUCAUUUCUACAAGCAUUUGAAUUUUGUACAGUUGUUAUAGUGAUGUACAUUAUUAAUGAAAUUUGAUAUCCAUAAAUUAUAAAUAUGCUUGUAAUUUUUUCCAAAAAAAAAAUCUCUAAAGUUUUUUUUCUUUUUUGGAAGAUUUAAAUGUUUAAAAAAAAAAAUUGUAUUUCUCUUUGUUUAUGAGCUGUCACAAAGGUUAAUUGAUGUUUUUUUGAGAGUGAAUUGGAUUUACCAAAGCUUAUAUGUGGAGAUAUGUUCUUCCAUGUAUUUUCUAAUUUGUUUGUGUAAUACGUCUUGUUCUGUCUUGCAAUUUCAUGAGGUUACGCUUUGGUUCAUUCAUCGACAUGAGUUUCUGGAGACGACAAACCGAGAAACCUAGAUGUAUUUGGUACAGAGACGAUUUGGAGAACAUUCAUUAUUUUAUUUUAAUGCACCUAAAAUAGAUCCUUGUCAAUUAGUAUUUUAUGAAGUUACCUUUCUUCUGAAUGGAACAGUCCAUCUUUUUUCAGCCAUUGAAAACAUUGAAAAAUUAGUUUAACUUAUGUAAAUACCCACUGUCAUGCGAUACUAAAUCUACCAAUCAAAUGACAAGGAUUUAUCGAGGUGUGUUACAAUACUUGCUUCAAGGUACUGUACAUGAUAUAUAUGCUCUGAAAUUUUACACUAAAUAGCAUUUUGUGAUAAAAAGUGAACUAGAACAAAAGCAGGUAAACAUAACAAUGUACUUAAUAUGGUAGGUGCACUGAUCACAGUAUUGGGCAAGUACAGGUACCAGUCCAUGUUCUAGCAUCUUAAAUUGACAUUUGAAUCGUACUCUUCUUAUUUUGUCAUGUAUCAAUAUUAAAUACAAUACAGUACCUAUGCCUGAAUUAUAUCUCUGUAUUGUUUGGCUUCUGAUUUUUCAGUAGUCCUUUGGCGUCUGAUGUUGUCUGAUCAUUACACCCCACUCCCUCCCCUCCCAAACUAGAUUUGGGCUAGUAAAAUCAUGAAGGGUUUCAUUGUAUCCUGCUAUUUUCAAUAAUUAAGUAAAUACUGUGGCCUUUGAUUUGAUGUUUCUGAAACAUUUUUGGAGGUAAAUUUAUCAAUUAAUCUGUAAUUUAUUUGAUUAUAUUAUGUUUUUAUAAGAUGUCAAAGUUCAGAAAUAUUAAUUCCAAAUUUAGAGUUUUGCAGCAGUGUUGUAAACAGGUACUGAAUUUGGAAUUUUUUUUUUCGAAUUUGAAUGUUCACUAUUAAGAAAUGUAUUAUGUUUAUUCCCUGCAAUAGUGUAGUUAUUAAGUGCAUUUAAUUUGAAUAUUAUUUUAGCAUUACUAUAUAUAAUUCUUAUAUUUAUUAUUUUAGUAAUAUACUUCCAAUGUACGUAUGUUAUAUGCAAAUAAUAUAUAAUUCAUUUGGUCGUUCUAACAUAUUUUCAUGCAUUAUAAUUUAUUUCGUUAUUUCUCUUCUAUUAUAAACCUGGUCAAAAAAUCACAAAAGCUCAAUCUAUAAGUCCACUUAUUUUCUAACCACCAUAAUUAUGUACUUAUUGAUAAAGUUGAAAAGUUGCAAUUCAUUCAUUAAUUAUUAUUAUUAUUUCACCUGUCUUGUUGAUAUUUAUUUCAGUGCAACUCAUUGGCUUUGCUGUAUCACAUCUACAUUUUUAUUGUUAUGCGAUUUAAUUUUCAUACAUAAAUGUAUAGUAAAUAACAAUAACAUUUUCACGGUACUGUACCCAGAUUUAUAUGCUCAAACCCCCCUGCCCCCACACACACAUAUUUGUACCCCAGGUAAGAGUAGCAGUUGCUUUGUUUCAUUAAAAAUAUUAAUUAUAGGUGAAUUAAUUAUAGUAUAUCAAUUGUCAUUGUGUUUUAAAUUCUAAAACAAUUUACUUCUCUUUUAUUGAUUUUGACUAAGAUAUAUUGCAUCAAUUGGUCACUCCUCCCUCUGUAUUGGGAUGAAAAUAUUGUUUUAAGGACAUUCCUUGGAAUUUAUGGUUUUAUUUUAAUAUAUAGUUACAGUAAAGGCAUGUUAUUUAUAAACAGUAGCCUGGAACAAGAUAUUGACAAUAACUACAUUGGUAUUUUUUUGUAAUAAGUAUUGUGCAAAAGGUUAAAAAUUGUCUUAUUCUGUGUGUUCUUUUUGAAAAAAUUCAAGGGAGAUGUAUAUUGUUUUGUUCAUCCUAACCUACACAAUGUCUCACUAUACACACACACACUGUUAAUAUCAGGCCUUUAAGGUGUAUUUUUGUACGUAGAAUAUGUUUAUUUAUUUGUGAAUUGUACAGAAUAAAGUGUUUGUAAGAAUAAUAAAUAAAGCAGUUUUUACCAUUUAAA